AUGGGAGAGAAAGGGGAAAAUUCUAUGGUAAACAGCAGUCGGCCAUCGCUGGACUCACAGAUGGAAUUACUCGAUGUGGAUAUUUUGUCCAAGCACCCUCACCACACUACACCACACAAGCCAUCGCCAGAUACGACAGAUAGACAACGUUGCAAAGCUCGCAAUACUACCCCCAACGUCAUACGAGGACACGAAAUUCAGAAAGUUGACCUUGAGACGCCAGCCGCAAAACCUGAAAGUCGAUAUCCAAAAGCUAGUGUAUGCUAG